CGGAGAAAUUGGGGGCGCGGUUUUGGAAAUUAGCCCCGAGCCGGUGCCUGCCAGGUUUCCAGGUCUCUGCUGCACCGGGCGUUCGCUCGUCACGCCUUUUUGCUGCUUUGUUCUCUGUAAUGUGAGUGACAUUGCCUCGCAGUGCCGUCUCUGAACUCCCCUAAAGGAAGACCGAGGACAAGUGUGGUGGAGGCGACGAAGCCGCUCUAAACUGGCUACCCCGGAGAUAGCAUGGUUGUCCCUUCGCAUCUCCGAAUUUAAGUCGGCGUGAGACGGGCGCUGUUUUCCUGGGCAUCUGGUGGUCUCGGCGCGUUGUGGGUGGUUUUCAUUGUCAAGCCGCUGCUUACUGUAAUUUUGGAAGAGAAAAACCACCGUGUUCCAGCAUUUCUUUUGGAGAACUAAGCAAUAGGAAAGAUGCCUAUUUUCCCUAAAAUAUCUUUGAGAGUUGAGGUUGAAAAUUAUCUUAAAGAAGGCUUUAUGAAUAAGGAGAUUGUAUCUGCUUUAGGUAAACAAGAAGCAGAAAGGAAGUUUGAAACUCUGUUAAAUAACUUAUCACACCCUCCUUCAUUCACAACUGUCAGAGUGAAUUCACAUCUAGCUUCCGUACAACAUGUGAAAAAUCUGCUAUUUGAUGAACUUCAGAAGCAGUUUAAUGGAUUAAGUGUUCCUAUUCUUCAACAUCCAGACCUUCAGGAUGUCUUACUUAUUCCUGUUAUUGGACCUAGGAAGAAUAUAAACAAAAAACAAUGCGAAGCCAUUGUUGGAGCCCAGUGUGGCAAUGCAGUGUUAAGAGGAGCCCAUGUCUAUGUGCCAGGAAUUGUGUCAGCUUCAAAAUUAUAUAUAAAUGUUGUUUCUGUAUAUUCUGAUAUUAAAGGCAAAUGUAAGAAAGGAGCCAAAGAAUUUGAUGGAACAAAAGUAUUUCUUGGAAAUGGGAUUUCUGAAGUAAGCCGCAAAGAAAUUUUCAGUGGGCUACCCGAACUGAAAGGUAUAGGCAUAAGAAUGACAGAACCAGUAUAUCUCAGCCCUUCAUUUGACAACGUACUGUCCAGCUACUUAUUUUUACAGAAUUUGCCAUCUGCUGUAGUAACUCAUGUUUUGGACCCUCAACCUGGAGAGAGGAUUCUAGAUUUGUGUGCAGCACCUGGAGGCAAAACAACACACAUUGCAGCACUAAUGCAUGAUCAGGGAGAAGUAAUAGCACUGGAUAAAAUUUCCAACAAAGUAAAAAAAAUAAAGCAGAAUGCUUUAUUGUUAGGACUGAAUUCCAUUAGGGCUUUUUGCUUUGAUGGAACAAAGGCUCUUAAACUUGAUAGGAUUAAGGACACAGAAGGAGAGCCUCCAUUCUUACCAGAAUCUUUCGACCGAAUUCUUCUUGAUGCACCCUGCAGUGGAAUGGGACAGAGACCAAAUAUGGCUUGUUCUUGGACUUUGAAGGAAGUGACGUCUUAUCAGCCAUUACAGCGAAAGCUCUUUACUGUGGCAGUGAAGCUGCUGAAGCCGGGGGGUGUGUUGGUUUAUAGCACAUGCACCAUCACACUGGCAGAAAAUGAAGAACAAGUGGCCUGGGCCCUCACAGAGUUUCCUUGCCUUCAGCUUCAGCCCCAGGAACCUCAGAUUGGAGGGAAAGGAAUGAUGGGAGCUGGCCUUUCGUUUGAACAAUUGAAACAGCUGCAGCGGUUUGAUCCAUCUGUUGUGCCUUUACAGGACAUGGACAUUGAAUCUCUCAGAGAUGCCAGCGUAGACAUGAUUAGGCUGGCAAAUAAGGAUUGUAUAGGGUUUUUUAUUGCAAAAUUUGUAAAAUGCAAAAGCACACAGGAGAAGGAGCCUUCAAAAUGAAAAUUCCAAACAUUCAUUCUGUGCCUGCGUUCGUGUGUGUGUGUGUGUGUGUGUGUGUGUGUGUGUGUGUGUGUCUGUCUGUCUGUGUCUGUCUGUGUAAAAACCAAACUGUUGUCAGGCCAAGUGAUUGAUGGCAUGGUUGCUAAGGAAACAGAAAAGGCUGCCAGCUGUUUCACCAAGGAUCAGGAGAAGAAGUGUUUGGGGGUGGUAUGAGAUUAUGAGAUUUUGUAAUUUUAAAAUAUUUUUUUCUUUAUGGUUUUAGCAGAGUAUAAAGAAAGGGAGAUACCUAUAGAUGUCUGGAACAUAUUUUCAUUUGGGUUCUUGUUUUAAUUUGUAAAGAAUGAAAGUCAUUUGUAAUGUUAAUUGGUGAAUCUAACAAAAGGAAUACAAUUAGCAAUAUUUAAUUUAGUUUUUAGAACUAGUUUUCCAAUCCUGAUUUCCUGAGUAGUAGUUCCUUAAGAACUCAGGGCAUGAGAAGUAUGACAUUGACCUUGUGCCAAUAACCAGGCCAGGAAUUUUACCUCUUUUUCUGCUUACUAUUUGGUAAAUAAACCCUCUUUCAAAUGAAGUCUGGACUGCUUCUAAAAUAGUUUGCCGUUACUGCGUUUACUUUUUUUUCCCCCAUGAUUUUAAACUAAAAAGUAAAAUGAAUAUUUUUUUCACUUUGUAGAUUAAAAUAAAUGAGGAUAUUUCACAAUUCGGGUACCUUUUAUCAUGUACUGGAACACUUACUAUAAAAGUUAUGAGAGACGUGUUUGGUGAGAAAGAGGAAGACAGCUUCUGACAGCUGGAAUGGGCCUGGCACUGACAGGUUUCUCUUAGGAAUGCUGGUGACUGUCGAUGGUAUCCACCAAGAUGGCAAGGCCUCCUGGAUCAGGAGCCGAACGAGGAGCCAACAGAUGAAUGCUUCCCCAGUCACCUUUGGCAGCACGCUCCCCGACCGCUCAACGGAGCAUUGAAGCAACAUGCAGCACAACUCAGUACAAAGCCAGGUCUGAUCUCUGUAUUUGGAUUCUACUGGACAUGGAAGGGAACUUACUGGAGGACACUGAGACAGUUUAUCAGCUGCUACCAUCUGGACGUUGAGGUGUUUAGCUUGAGAUUUCCCUCGAGAUUUUAUUAACCUCUGUAAAACCUGUAAAAGAGGAUUUUUUUAAACAGAGGGAUAUCCACACUGAGGUAAAUGACAAGAUUCAGUAUUUGGUCCUCUGGGGCCAUUUUAUAUGUAGCACAAGUGGCUUGUAAUAGAUUGAGCUAGACAUAUAUAAGAUUAUCUGCAAAAUUAACAUUUUAACAAUCAGUUGCAUGCUAUAAAAAAGAUACUAGCAUGGAACGUAUUCUGAGUCUUUUUCAAGACUAACGUUAUCAAACUAUCUCAUGAGAAACCCAAAAAGUAUUUUAUGUGAACUAUACCUAAUGUUUCCUAUAUUAGAAAUUAAAAGUAUUCAUUUAAAAAUUAACAGUAAACCGGAUACAUGCUAAUAUGUUUUUUAUAAAAACUCCCCUUUUUGUAACUCUCAAGUGCCUGGCCUCAUAGAUGACAACCAAAGUCUCUUAUUUGCUUCCACAGGUAAGGUGUGGUUUUGGUUGAAACGUGAAGAAAACCUAACCUCCUACAGCUAUGUAGUUGAGAAAAAUAUUUUAGUGGCCUUUUCAGAUAAUUGUAGAUAUUCUUUGUACUGUAGAAACAUGGAACCAUAUCAACGAGCCUGUCUUACUAUUAAAUUACAUUAGUCUAUCUUGAAAUCUGAAUGAUUUGUAACAUCAUCGAUCAUUUGGAAAAUAAUGGUGGUUCACUACUGAGUACUUAAGAUCUUCCAAAUGUUGACACAUUUCAUUAUACAAUAAAACAUAUUUGUUAGUAAUCAUCGAUCUCAUUAGAAAAGUCUUUUAUCUGUUGGGAAGCUUCUAUGCUGUCAAAGGUGAAUACAAGUUUUCUAGAAUUCUAAUUUUUGUUUGAAGGCUUGAGUUUUAUCAUUGGUAACAGCAGCUCUUCGAUAUUUUCUGGAAAAAAGUGAGUCUGUCACAUCAAGGAAAACAACUGCCAGGUACCCAAGUCAGAAUAUGCAUAGCCUGUCAGUUCUUUCAAAUAAAAAUGGAGUUCCAUAAAAAAGCUACUUAGUUCACAACUCGAAUAAUCGCACCAGUGCUUGUCCUCAAGAUAGCUAACCUACUGGAGUAUAUGCAGACUAAGUGUACGUCCUAGAUUCAAAACGUAAUAAAAAUAAGUUAAGCUGGU